UUAACUAAAAAUGCGUUCCAGUUCUACCUUGCUCAUUGAACGUCUCUUUUUUUCGACGAGAGUUCCAAGAUCGAGCUCUUUCGAUUUGAGCAUCACCCAAAAACUGAAGACUUCUAAUACAACUACUUUUGCCUCUUCACCAGUCAACWCUGUUGCCAUAAUAAGAUUAAAAGGUGUGUGGGGAACAACGCUGUAGCGAUUGGCGAAUUGAUGGACGACCACGAAUAGAUAGGGACGAUGUUCGAAAUCUUCGCAGGGGCAUCGAACAACUUAAUGCGAUUGGAAAUCAUGAAUCUGUCUCCCUGCAAUGAAAAUAGGCGACGAAACGCUGGUCUCUAGUCGAGAAAUAAAUCUGAUCCAGCCAGGCUGUAUGACUGACUAUGAGCUUACGAUUAUUCUGUGUCCGUUUUCUUCUUAUUUCGCAAACAGGUUAUAAUUAAAAUGAAGUUCAGCAUCGCAUUCACAGCUCUCACCGCAGCCGUUGUCUCGGCAAACCCUUUUGCUCCUGCCAAGAGCCCCAACUCAUCGAAGACAAAGUACAUGUCGAAGUUGAUGCGUAAUGCUCGCCCUACACCAAACUCCCAACUUGGACGUAAACUUGAUGAAGAAGAGGCAGAAGCAGAAGAAUACGAAGUUGACAUCUCGGGAUACUCGCUGAAAUUCGAACAAUGUCAAUUCGUCAAGGCGUAUGAUGACGAACUCGCUGGAGAAGACUCCGAUAGCGUUCUCGCCACUCGAAGGUUCGUCAUUUUCCGCCUGUGUCCUUCUGACGCCUGCGACUCGUGCAAUUACAAUUUCGGUGAGUACAUCGUCGACCUCGAGGAAUACUUGGAGGCGACWGUAAACUACCAGCAAGAAAUGCAAGAAGAGAUGUGCAAUGCUUGCGAGGAAAACUGUCAAUGGGAAGAAGACGMGGAAGAGGAGGAAGAAGAUAACGGACGUCGUCGCCGUAAGCUUGAAGAUUACGGCUCCAAUUGCAAUACCUGUUACGAGGAAUGUAUGAAGAUUGAGAACAUGGAAGACAACGGAUACAUUGACGCCACCCAAUUUCUUGAUUGUCAGAUGGUCUACGAUCCCGAGGAUGAYGGCCUUUCUGCCCUUUACGCCGGACCUAUGUGUGCUAGCAAUGGAUCUAARAUCAAGAUUGGAAUYUUCACUGACGAAGAAUGUAAUGUUCCUGAUUCCGACAAGGACGUAGACGAUUACCUCAUGGACGGAGACGGUGUCAGCAUGAAACUGUCCCAUGCUCUUUUGAAGACUGURUACUCCAGUGAGUGUGUCUCCUGCUUGGCACCACAAGAAGAGGAAGAAGACGACGAAAAUGGAGAUGAAAACGAUAACGGAGAUGAAGAGGAAGUCGAAGUCCUCGAAAUGUGCGAACAACUCUACCAAGCUUCCGCCAAGUGUGAGAAGACCAAUGGAUUUGAUAACGGAUACGCUAGCUAUGACGGAUACGAGAACCAGCUUGMGCAAGAAAGUGUUGUAUGUGAUUUUGUCGAAUCGUUGAAGGCAGGAAGUUAUGACGAAUCUGGAGAGAUUGUCGUAAACGGAAAGAGUUCUUCUGUYGGUGGAGGAUCCCAGACCACAGGAGGACAAAAGUUUGCCCUGACUUUCUUCAUCCUUGGAACUGCUGGACUUGCUGGAUACGCUGCCAUGCUUCAUUCCAAACUUACAAAAGGUACUAUGGGCCUCGCUGAAACUGGAGGAUCCUUGGCAUAAACAACAAUCUCUUGAWUUCUGAUGAUUGUGUUGCAUGGCAGGCCUUCAGACUGACAACAGUAACAAGCAACAACCUAAUUUGUAUCAUUAAGUCCUCCCAUUUUAUGGCUUKUGUAAUUGUGAAAACACACUAAAACAUAAAAGAAUCACUAAACACUUAAAACCAAU